CGGGGGUGCAGAGCCAGAUCUGCUGCUGCCCCCCCGCCAACCUCGGAGUACAGCAGCACCUCCUGAUGGUCGAGCGGGACAACGCCUCCCCCCAUUUCCCCCACCUUUCUCCCCGUCCCCCUGCCCCGUCCCUCACACUGUCUCUUUAAGGGGCUGGCGGCGCCGCGGAGUGGGUAGGACUGAACCACCAGCCUUGGGCUGCAGGGGGAACAUUUCAGGCUGACUUACGCUCGUGGCUGAGACCCCCAGAGAAAACCCUGCUCAGAGGGGCAUUAGGGUCCCAGAUGGGUGGCUACGUUCCUCUGCAGAGGACCUGGGGAUCUUCGAGCCCGAAACGCGGCACCGGCACCGAGAAAGGUGAAACACACCUUCCCGCCUCGGCCGCAAGUCCAGUCCCCGGCCCACCUCCGCACUGGAGUCUUAAAGGGCCAGCGGGCCUAGGGGCGGAGCCAGCAGAGGCGCUGAGCCGGGGCCGCGCCUGGGCGAACGGCCGGAGAGGGCUGGGCUGGGCCCGGGAUGGCGGUGUCCCUGGCGCGGGUCCCGGUGGCGCCCCGCGCGAGUUCCUGAGCUGGUGCCAGGCAGGUGACACCUCCUGCAGCCCCCAGCAUGCGGGCAGGCCCAGGCCCUGCCGUUACACUGGCCCUGGUGCUGGCGGUGGCAUGGGCCAUGGAGCUCAAGCCCACAGCACCACCCAUCUUCACAGGCCGGCCCUUUGUGGUAGCGUGGGAUGUGCCCACACAGGACUGUGGCCCACGCCUCAAGGUGCCACUGGACCUGAAUGCCUUUGAUGUGCAGGCCUCACCUAAUGAGGGUUUUGUGAACCAGAAUAUCACCAUCUUCUACCGCGACCGUCUAGGCCUGUAUCCACGCUUCGAUUCCGCGGGAAGGUCUGUGCAUGGUGGUGUGCCACAGAAUGUCAGCCUCUGGGCACACCGGAAGAUGCUGCAGAAACGUGUGGAGCACUACAUUCGGACACAGGAGUCUGAGGGGCUGGCAGUCAUCGACUGGGAGGACUGGCGACCUGUGUGGGUACGCAACUGGCAGGACAAAGAUGUGUACCGCCGGUCAUCACGCCAGCUGGUGGCCAGUCGUCACCCUGACUGGCCUCCAGACCGCAUAGUCAAACAGGCACAAUAUGAGUUUGAGUUCGCAGCACAGCAGUUCAUGCUGGAGACACUGCGUUAUGUCAAGGCAGUGCGGCCCCGGCACCUCUGGGGCUUCUACCUCUUUCCUGACUGCUACAAUCAUGAUUAUGUGCAGAACUGGGAGAGCUACACAGGCCGCUGUCCUGAUGUUGAGGUGGCUCGCAAUGACCAGCUGGCCUGGCUGUGGGCUGAGAGCACGGCCCUCUUCCCGUCUGUCUACCUGGACGAGACACUUGCUUCCUCCCGCCAUGGCCGCAACUUUGUGAGCUUCCGUGUUCAGGAGGCCCUUCGUGUGGCUCGAACCCACCAUGCCAACCAUGCACUCCCAGUCUACGUCUUCACACGGCCCACCUAUAGCCGCAGGCUCACGGGGCUUAGUGAGAUGGACCUCAUCUCUACCAUUGGCGAGAGUGCAGCCCUGGGCGCGGCUGGUGUCAUCCUCUGGGGCGACGCAGGGUACACCACAAGCACGGAGACCUGCCAGUAUCUUAAGGAUUACCUGACACGGCUGCUGGUCCCCUACGUGGUCAAUGUGUCCUGGGCCACCCAAUAUUGCAGCCGGGCCCAGUGCCAUGGCCACGGACGCUGUGUGCGCCGCAACCCCAGUGCCAGUACCUUCCUGCAUCUCAGCACCAACAGCUUCCGCCUAGUGCCUAGCCACGCACCCGGUGAACCCCAGCUGCGACCUGUCGGGGAGCUCAGCUGGGCCGACCUUGACCACCUGCAGACACACUUCCGCUGCCAGUGCUACUUGGGCUGGAGUGGUGAGCAAUGCCAGUGGGACCAUAGGCAGGCAGCUGGGGGUGCCAGUGAGGCCUGGGCUGGGUUCCACCUCACCAGUCUGCUGGCUCUGGCAGCCCUGGCCUUUACCUGGACCUUGUAGGGGUCUCCUGCCUAGCUGCCCAGCAAGCUGGCCUCUACCACAAGGGCUCUCUUAGGCAUGUAGGAUCCUGCAGGGGGUGGACAAACUGGAGUCUGGAGUGGGCAGAGCCCCCACGAAGCCCAGGAGGACAUCCAUACCAGCUCGCAGCCCCCUGUUCUAAGGGGGAGGGGAAGUCCCCUGGGAGGCCCCUUCUCUCCCUGCCAGAGGGGAAGGAGGGUACAGCUGGGCUAGGGAGGACCUGACCCUACUCUCUUGCCCUGGAUAGUUUAUUAUUAUUAUUUUGGGGUCUCUUUUGUAAAUUAAACAUAAAACAGUUGCUUCUCU